AUGGCGUUAUUUCAAAAUUUUAGCACACACUCUUUAAGAUCAACAAGAGGUUUCAAAUUAAAGCAACCAUCCCCUAUAUCUAGUCCGCAACCAAUCAACAACUCAGCCUUUCCAAUCCAGCAACAACAACAAAAUACACAUCAACAGGUGCCUUUGAAUCAAUUUCAAACCAUAAACAAGGAUCCAGCUUUUUCACAAGAACAACAAUCGCAAAUUGGUCAACCAGUGUCAUCACAUAAAGAUAUAAGAAGUUAUGCUGAGCAAACUUUAGGGUCGGAUAAUGCUUUAAUUCAAGCAGUAAAACUACCAAGAGACGAAGAUUUGAACGAAUGGUUAGCUAUCCACGUGGUAGACUUUUAUAAUCAGAUAAAUAUGUUAUACGGUGCAAUUACUGAAUUUUGCUCCCCAGUGACAUGCCCAAGAAUGAUAGCAACUGAAGAAUAUGAAUAUUUAUGGCAAGAUUCCAAUCCUACUCCUUCUAAUCCAAAUGGUGUAUCUUCCAAUUAUAAUAGUGCCACAAUAAUAUCUUCACCUAAGAAACCUGUAUCAUUACCAGCUUGUGAAUAUAUCGAGAAUUUAAUGAAUUGGGUCCAAAACUUUUUUGACAACGAUAACAUUUUUCCCUCUAAAAUUGGGGCACCAUUUCCACAUCAAUUUCCAACUUUAGUUAAAACCAUAGUAAAAAGAUUAUUUAGAAUUUAUGCUCACAUAUAUUGUCAUCAUUUUCAUGAAAUAAGUGAAUUAGGUUUACAAAGUCAUUUAAAUACAAGUUUGAAACAUUAUGUGUUAUUUGCUACUGAAUUCAAUUUGAUAAGCAGGAAAGAUUAUGGACCAUUGGAAGAUCUAGUAGAUACAAUGUUGAAUAGAUAA